GUUCCGAGUAAUAUGACGUCAAAUGUUAGAAAUGACGUAACAAAAUGGCGGCGCCCGUAUUUUCACAUGACAAUUUGUAAACAGAAGAAACUUUCAAGAAAUGGAUACGUUCGAGGUAAUAUUUUGUAGAAUUAUUUGUAAUGAUGACAGAGAAAGUAUUUUCAAAUUGAUUUUCCCACAUAACUUUUCAAAAUAUCAAGAGAUCUACGUCUAUAAUCAUACAAUAUUCAAGCAAAGUCGAAGGUCAGGACCGGUCAAAAUGCUUAGAUUGUAUAAAUAAUGUUGUUAGAUUGCUCAUUAACUUAUGUCAUUCUGGAAUAUAAGAUAAGUGUUAAACACAUCUCUACAAGGCAGAUAUGAAUACUGAUUUUUGUUUGCAAAUGCACAUGCAUAGAUCUGCUGUAUUACGAAGAUUCUAUGCAUAGGAACAUAUUUAGAUUGAAAGCAAUGCGGAAGCAAACAUGAAUAUGUUGCCAAUUAGAUGCUUUAGCAAAUAUUCAAUAAAAAAAAUCAUCCCGUUUAUAUAUGUUGCAACGACCUUGGAUGGUACGGAUUUCGAAAAAUUAAAUCAACCUAAUUUUUCAUCGAUCAAAUACUUAUCGUCGCAGUGGUCGAGUGGUUAGCGUGUUUGACUACAAAGACGAAAUUUUCGAGUUCGAAACCUCAUCUUGUCAACUUUUUUUUUCCAACUUAUUUUUUUCUUUCCUGUUUAGUAUUUUUUCAUUAAAUAUAUUUCAAUGGCAUGCCUCAAUUACGAAAUGUUUUAUUUUUCAUUUGCACAGGAGCUAAAUGAUCUUCUGUCAUGCUUUGGAUUGACAGACCAAACUAACAUUGGCCGUUCUGCAGCAACUUAUGAUACUGAUACUGAUAUUGAUGAGGUGCAAGAUGUUAGCAUUGAAUCCCGUCUUCAAAGAUAUUACACUGCUACCCCCCUUGCAGAGGAAUACGGUAAUGAAUCAGAAAAUCAAGUUAAUGAAGACACUAAUGUAAAUAGUGAAGAUCCACAGUGUGAUAUUAACAAUGUGAAAACCAUUUAUGACAGUGGAUGCAAAUGUACAAAAAACUGCUUCAGUAACUUUACUUUUUCCCAGAUUGAAUCGAACAUUCUUAAUGUAAGGGAAAUGACAAAAAGUGAAAAGGAAAUGCUAAUUAUGGGCACUCUAAAGAGGAUAAUCUCUGAUGCUAGAUGUAAGGGAAAUCGUAAACGUUCACGAUAUGAAUAUGUGUUUGAGGGUGUAACAGUGUGCCAUGAAACAUUUCUAGUGGUGUUUGAUAUUAAAGACAGACAACUGAGAAACAUUAAACAUCACAUGGAAGAACAUGGUGCUCAGCCUCGUGUUCACGGCCACAGCGGUAGACGUGCCCCCAACGCAUUUCCUCCUGAAGUAAUUAAGGACGCAGUGCAAUAUAUACUGAGCUACGCAAACGAAGAGGGACUCCCUCAGCCUGCGGCACCAAGAGGGCGAGAGGACGAGGCCCCAAUUUACUUACCAUCCUCGGACACAAAGCAGUCCAUACACAGUGAGUAUGUAAAACGUUGUAUGGAAGCUGAAAAGAGGUAUGUUGGUUUAACAACAUUUAAAGACAUAUGGAAAAAUUGUUUGCCACAUAUAAAAAUAGCCUCUCCAAAGGAAGAUGUGUGCAAAGUAUGCGAGGACUGUAAGCAGGAUAUCAAGCUUGCCAUGAGCGAAAAUGACAAAAUACUUGCAACACAGAAGUACCACAAUCAUGUACUCCAAGCCAGGAAAGAAAGGGAACUAUACGUAGAAUGCGUGGAAAGGUCAACAGCAAUGUUUGUUAACCGGGCACAACAAGACCAGGCUGCGGGAGAUGUAUUUUCGACAGACGACGUACAUUACACGUUCGACUUUAGUCAGUAUGUCAAGUUGCCUCACCAUGCGCAAGAAAAGGGACCCACAUUCUUCAUUCAACCAAGAAGAGUGCAGAUAUUUGGUUUCCGGGCCGAUGGCUAUAAGCAGUACAACUAUCUCAUCGACGAGGACCAAACCAUUGGAAAAGAUGGCCAGAAUGUACACGGACCGGAUUCUGUUAUAUCAAUGAUUGAUCACGCCUUCCACACGUUCGGUACUGGAGAGACGGAAUGUGGUAUUCAUGCUGAUAAUUGUUUCGGUCAGAACAAGAACAGAUACGUGCUGGCGUACUUAUCAUGGCGCACGAUGACUGGGCGGCACAGAACAAUCAGAUAUAUGAUGCAGUUACCAGGACACACAAGGUGCCUGAUCGACGCCGGGUUUGGUACUAUUAAGAAGUUGUAUCGGCGUUCGAACUGUGACACACUCCAGCACGUGGUAGAUGUUGUACACAAGUCGGCACACAGUAAUGUACCGGUUACAUACGACGAGAAUGGGUGGGAGUGGAGAGACUGGAAGAUGUUCCUCGGUGAUAGGUUCAAAAAAGUGCCAAACAUUUCCAAAUAUUAUCACUUCCGCUUCACAUCAAGCGAACCCGGGGUAGUGUACAUGAAGGUAGCCGCAGACGACACCGAGGAAAUCCGAUUUGUCAUUUGCAAGACGAACUAUUUCAAUUAUUGUAUAGUAAAUGGGUGCUGGAUUUAUUUUUGGAUCUUGGACUCUCUAUAAAUGUUUCUUUUAUAAUAUGUAUCAUCAUUAUUGACCAAACAAAUGCGCCGAAUGCCUACGGUCGGAUCUUUGUUUAUCAGUUGGGGGUUACAGGAUAUGUUUUAUCGUAAACAUUAGAACAUUUUAUAAAACUUAAAGUCUGCUUCUAAGUAUUGUUAAACUUUAUCUAGAAUAUGAUAAAUAAAUAUGUCUGACUGAGAUAUUUUUAAAAGAGGACAUUUCCUUGUACUGUAUGUGAAGUGUAUUCCUGUUUACAACUGAUUUUUAAUCUAUUGUGAAAAUGAUUGACAGCUUCACUUAAACUACUAAGUGCUUUAACCUACAACUGAAUAUAAUGAUGCUCAUAUCUGAUUUGAGAUCACAAAAGUGUGGAGAUUUUUCGGUUCACUUUAAAGUGUUCAAAACUGUUUAUUUACCUAGGGAAUGGUUUAAAUCAUAUGACAGGCAACCUUGUAUCUGAGCUUGUUUACGUACUUUUUAUCUUCCUUUAUUCCUUUCUAAGAAAGAUAGAAUAACAGCAAAUGCUAGCAUUAUACAGUUCAUAGUUUAUCAGUACUGCCAAAGGCAAACGUUUUCCUAAGGCAUUCCGAGAUACCGUUGUAAUUUAUUUCAAUCCAUAUCAGACAAGACAUCGAGUGGGUAAAGAAAUUUGAUCUGUCAAAUUGUUCAAAGCAGAUAUUAAAGUAAUAAAUACAUAAACAGAUAUUUAAGUAAUAAAUACAUAAAUGCCAUAGAUAUUUUUGGAAGAUACUUAUAAACCUAUAAUGUAUUAAAGGUUAGUCAAAUCUGUUUGAUAUAUGCUUAAAUGAGUUUUGCCUGAUUUGUGCUCAUGAAAACAAGAUUAUAAAUUAUCCACCUUGCUGAAUAUUACAUUUGGUUCUUUUUAUGCCCCCGAAGGGAGGCAUAUAGUUUUU